AUAUUUUUGUUCAGUUCUUGAAAACUUACGUUCCAAUACUUUGGGCGCAAUUUUAAUACCAUAGUAGCGUACAUGUUAAAAAGAAAACGUUAGCCAUGAUGCUAACGUGAGGAAAAACGUCAAACAGCGACCUCUAAUGUCUGAUAUGCGAUAUUACUCGGUGCUGAAAAAUCCUCCCGGCCGCCAUAGCAGUCCAGUAUCCUGUUCCAAAGCAGAGAAAGAGGAUAAAUAAGUUAUAAUCCCUGAAGAACAACCCUCCAAAACCGGGACUUUAUUUAUACGCCAUUAUAACGACUCUUCUCGAUCUGGACAUAAUGUCGGACAAAAGCGAGCUGAAGGCAGAGCUGGAGAGGAAGAAACAGCGCCUCGCUCAGAUCAGGGAGGAGAAGAAGAGAAAAGAGGAGGAACGCAAGAAAAAAGAAACUGAAGGACGUGGGGAAGGCGCCUCUCUGCCACACGAUGACUCUGAUCUGGAGAGGAAGAGGAGGGAGGCGGAGGCUCUGCUGCAGAGCAUGGGCAUCACCGAUCCUGCUAUGGUUCAGCCUCUGCGAAUAGUAACAGAGGAUACGUGUCUGUUUCAUUAUUUAGUCCCCCCUCCCAUGUCUCCCUCUGCCAAAUCAGUGGGCACACCGAGCGAAACCGGCAGCCAGGACUCGGCAGACGGCGCCACCGGAGCCAGGACUCUGCACUGGGAUUCUGACCCCUCUACUCUCCUGCUGCAUUCAGACUCUCAGCAUGGACGAGGUCCCCUCAGGCUCGGCAUGGCUAAAGUGACUCAGGUGGACUUUCCUCCUCGAGAGCUCGUUUCGUACUCUAAAGAGACUCAGACACCCGUCCUCACUCAGCCUAAAGAUGCGGAUGAGGAAAUCGAGGAAGAGGAUCUGGCAGUGGCACCGGCCGCUCUCGAGUCUCAGCAGGAAAACGAACCUCAUGCUGAGGAAGAGGAAGCGCCACCUCAUGAGCUGACGGAGGAGGAGAAGCAGCAGAUCCUGCACACGGAUGACUUCCUGACCUUUUUCGAUCACAGCUCUCGCAUCGUGGAGCGCGCUCUGUCCGAGCAGGUGGACGUCUGCUUCGACUACAGCGGACGAGACCUCCAGGACAAAGAGGGAGAGACCCAGGCUGGGACCAAGCUGUCUCUGAACAGGCAGUUUACAGACGAGCGCUGGUCCAAACACAGAGUGGUCACCUGUCUGGACUGGUCACCUCAGUACCCGGAGCUGUUAGUGGCGUCCUACAGCAGUAAUGAAGAAGCUCCUCAUGAGCCGGAUGGUGUGGCGCUGGUGUGGAACAUGAAGUACAAAAAAACAACAGCGGAGUACGUCUUCCACUGUCAGUCGGCGGUGAUGUCAGCAGCGUUUGCACAGUUUCACCCGAACCUGGUCGUGGGAGGGACGUACUCGGGGCAGAUCGUCCUGUGGGACAAUCGCAGUAACAAGCGGACGCCAGUACAGAGGACGCCUCUCUCUGCCUCCGCACACACGCACCCGGUGUACUGUGUGAAUGUAGUCGGGACUCAGAAUGCUCACAACCUCAUCAGCAUCUCUACUGACGGCAAAAUGUGCUCCUGGAGCCUGGACAUGCUCUCCACACCUCAGGACAGUCUGGAGCUGGUGUUUAAGCAGUCUAAACCAGUCGCAGUAACAUCCAUGGCGUUUCCUCUGGGUGAUGUUAAUAACUUCGUUGUGGGCAGUGAGGACGGCACCGUCUAUACCGCCUGCAGACACGGCAGUAAAGCGGGGAUCAGCGAGAUGUUCGAGGGUCAUCAUGGCCCGGUUACGGGGCUCGACUGCCACACGGCCACCGGACCUGUCGAUUUCUCUCACCUGUUUGUGACAUCGUCCUUCGACUGGACUGUCAAGCUGUGGAGCACCAGGAACACUAAGCCGCUGUACUCGUUCGAGGAUAACUCCGACUACGUGUAUGACGUCAUGUGGUCUCCUGCUCACCCCGCGCUGUUUGCCUGCGUCGAUGGAGUCGGACACCUUGACUUGUGGAAUCUCAACAACGAGACUGAAGUUCCCUCGGCUUCAGUGACAGUAGACGGGAACCCGGCGCUGAACCGCGUGCGCUGGGCCAAUUCCGGCAGAGAGGUUGCCGUCGGUGAUUCCGAGGGUCGUGUACACAUCUACGACGUAGGAGAGCAGAUCGCCGUGCCGCGGCAGGACGAGUGGACCCGCUUCCUGAAAACGCUCAGCGAACUCGGCGAGAACCAGGAGGAGGCAGAGGAUCUGGCAACCCAGCGCCUCGCAGCCUGAUUUGAGUUCCAGGCUGCUCACGGUGAUCUUCACACUCAGAGUCAGGUUUUUAUAUUUCUGUCGAGCAGAGGGGGAGGGGGCUAAAACUUCCUAAAUGACAAUCUCGAGCUUCCCUUCACUGCGCUGAAACACUUCCACUUUAAUCUCGGUCAGGGAUAAUAGCGUUAUGAAUGGUAGGAUGGAAAUAGCCAGGCUAGUGUGCAAGAAUUACAAUUAAAAAAAAAAAAAAAAAAGUGAUAAGGGAUGUGUUUUUAGAACGUAGGGAAGACCAAGAGAGCUAAAUCGCACACUCGUUCACUACAUACCAUGAUAUUAAGCACUGCACUGACGGAAUACUCUAUUUUCCGGACUAUAAGACAAGUUUUUUACCUCUGGCAGGAUGUACAUGUUGUAAUUUCCGCUUUUGUUUAACAGUAAUAAGCCCAUUUGUUUUGUAUAUUUACGGUAAUUUGCUAUUUCGUGUGCUAAAUUAGCACUAGCGUUGGCUUGACACUAAUAUAAAACCCCUUAAAUUAGCAUUAUAUACAUAAAUUAGCAUCAUUGUAGCCAGUUAUGGACCAAACAGAAGCCAGAAACACGGAAAACGCAGUGUUCUAGGUAAUGUUAGCUAAGCUGGCUAAAGUGCUGCUGAGGCAGCUAACAUUAAAAUUUCAUAAUUUCACAAUUAGCAUUUUUACAUAAUUAUGUUUCAAAUCAAAGUCCUUUGGGGCAUGUUAGCUAGUUAAUGUUAGCUAGUUUCUAUAUUUACACAACAAAAUGACACAUAUAUUGUUUUUUUUUUUUUUUGUUAAAUCAGAAUUUAAGGUGUGACUUAUAAUCCGGAAGAUACGGUAUUUAUAUUUUUAAAAAAAAUCCUCCUCAGCCUGCUCCAAUUUUUUUUUUUUUUUUUAUAAAACCACCUCUUAUGAUACUGUUUUUAUGAACUAGCCUAGCAUAACAUUUGGAGUUGUUUGUUGUAAAGCACACUGCAGGAAACACACACACACACACACACACACGCUGUGUCUCUUCACUUUGGGAAACGCUUUUACACAGUAAUAUUCAGCUAAUGUCUAAAAACCACCAAGAAAUGAAUGUAGAUGCAGUUUUUCAAAAUGGCUGACACACUAAACGAGCGUGAGGUAAACUCUUCACGGCGGCCAUUUUGUGUCAUAAAAUGGUUCCUGUUCCUGUGGAAGUUGUUUUCUUCUGUUCUGUUCUGCUCAGUGAUGUGAUGUGACGUGACGUGAGCUAACGUCACACACCCGGGCACUAGACAGUUACGUGUGAGAUUAUAGUGCAUAGUGUGUGAUUUGAGACAGAGCCAUGCAGUAAAUAUGUAUUUAAAAAAAUAUUCAGCACAAUAUGAUCCAUUCAUUUUUGACUGAAACUUUUCUAGUGUUUUUUUAAUUUAUCUAAAUUAUUAGUGCUCCUUUUGAAAAGACUAGCAUUGAUGAUUUUGAUGUGGAAAAUUUAUACUUUAGUGUAUAAGUGGUAAUUAAUGCUUCCUUUUAACCACUAAUAUUUAUAUAUUUAUAUACAUUCCCUUUUAACAGUUACAUUAAUGGAGGAAAUGAAAGGGAUGGUGAGUUAGCCUGUAGCACGUUCACGUAACGUCAGAAUUACGUUAAUUACCGAAAAGUGAGUAAUGGAUACACUGAAAAAUAUGAUUGUUAGCAGUUAAGCUAGCUAAACCAUAUAUUUUUUUAGCAUUUCUUUAUAAUUAGAUUUAAAGACAAACUCUACAGGCUAAAAAAAAAAAAAAAAAGCUAAAGCGCAGAACGCUAAACGAUACCUUAACGACAGGAUUGUUAAGCGUUAACGUCGAUGUCUGCUCUCCAAACUGAGAUUUCUGUUACUGUAAUUCUAACGCGACGUGAACGUGCUAAUCGUUCGUAUUUAUAUCCUGUAUAGUUUAACAUGCUGCACUGUUUUUUUUUUUUU